AUGGACUCCAAGCUCUCUUUUUCGAACAGCAAGUCUGCGGAGAUGGGUAUAGCAGACGGGACAAUGUCCGAAGGACAUGACGACGCUGACCCAAUGAAUGGGACAAUCAAAAGAGAUCUACGUCGCCGGCACAUCAACAUGAUCGCAAUUGCUGGGAUGAUAGGAACUGGCCUCUUCCUCGCAUCCGGACAGGCAAUAGCCCUUGCCGGGCCUGUCGGUGCACUCCUGGGGUAUAUCUUCAUGGGAUUGAUCACUAUCGGAGUGGCUCUUUGCACGGGAGAACUUUCAGCUUUCAUGCCUGUGACCGGAGGCUUUGUAAGGCAUGCCAGCCAUUUCAUCCAACCCGCGCUUGGGACUGCAACUGGGUGGAACUUUUGGUACACCAUGGCUAUCACGGCCCCAGCUGAACUUGCAGCAGCAGCUACUAUUAUCAAUUUCUGGGACACCAGCACCAAUCCAGCCGUGUGGUACAGCGUAUUCAUGGUGGUCAUUGCGAUUCUUAACUUCUCAGCUGUUCGCUGGUAUGGCGAGUCUGAAGUUUUUUUCGCAGCUCUGAAAAUCCUCUUGAUUAUCGGUCUCAUUAUUGCUGGAAUCGUGGUCGACCUUGGAGGAAACCCAGAACAUGACAGGAUCGGAUUUCGAUACUGGAAAAAUCCUGGCGUAUUCAACACCUACCUUGUCCACGGCGACAAGAAUACUGGUCGAUUCCUUGCAUUCUGGAGCACUCUUCUAUCUGCUUCCUAUAGCUACGCCAACGUGCAAGUCGUCGCACUGGCUGGAGCCGAGACCCGCAAUCCGAGGAGAAUCAUCCCGAACGCCAUCAAAAUGACGUUCUGGAGAGUCGCAAUCUUUUACAUUCUGAGCAUGUUUGUUGUUGGCUUAUUGGUCCCUUACAACGAUCCAAACCUGGGCAUUAGGACCGGAACUGCUCAGCAAAGCCCCUUCGUGAUUGCUUUCCAGCGUCUGGGAAUUAAGGGACUCCCUUCAGUAAUCAAUGCGGUGGUCUGUACAUCUGCCUUGAGUUGCGGUUCAGCCUGCAUCUUCCUGGCAUCGCGUACGCUGUACGGGCUAGCAGAGGAACGCCAAGCACCGCCUGUAUUUCUGAAAGUCAAUCGAUUUGGAACACCGUGGGUCGCGGUUGCGGCUUCAUUGAUUUUCAUGCCUUUGGUGUACCUCAGUCUCGGGAGUAACUCUUCUGUGGUUUUCGGAUGGUUUGUAAACAUUACGACGAUCUCCAGUCUUAUAGGCUGGCUUGUUAUCCAAGUCUCGUUCGUGAGAUUCUACUAUGCUUUGAAACGUCAGGGCAUCAGCCGGAACCGUCUGCCGUAUCGAAGCCCGUUCCAGCCAUAUAUGGCAUGGAUAACUCUCGUCGCGGUGACUUUGGUGAUUCUGUUCUCAGGUUACAGCGUCUUUUUCCCGGGCAAUUGGAGCACUUCAGCCUUCAUCACUUACUAUAUUGAUAUUGCAAUCUUCCUUUGUACGUAA